AUGCUCUGCCCGGGGCGCAUCUCAAAUCAUUUCCAAGCUUGUCAGAGAUGUCCAGCCUAUCCGACAUCCGAACUCUUCGCGAGCCCUUCUGUUUCUCCUGCAAGCCUGCAAAAGCACGUGCCCCCAUUCUCACGACAUCCAAUGUUUGGUCCCAUGCCUCCUGUGUCCAAGCUCCCAGUUGCCGAGACUGCGUUUGCUGGCGACUAUCGAGGCACUAUGAGCCGUUUGCCCAUGGUCUUGCGAGUGCGCGAGUGCGCGAGUGUGGGUCAACUGGCCUGCUUGUACUACCUUGCCACCACCCAAGCUGCCACGACCGGGCGACCGGCUGCCCAGGACCUUCGCGCGUGCCUGUGGGUGGACUUCGACGAGGGUCCAAGGUCCGGUCCCCUCGCCACGCUCGAGAAGGCAGGCACUGGCUCUGGGGGGGGGGCACCCACCUCGAUCUGA